GCGGCUUUUGCGGGGAAGAAGUUAUCUCAGGCUGGAACCCGACAACGUUUCACGUUAUACAAGUUCCUAACUUUCCGUUCCCACACAGCGGAUGGUGCCCGCCGGGAUAGUUACAUGGUAGAAAUCUCUCACCAUGGUAUUAGUUGAGCCGUUGCACAAUGACAACUACAUACACCCACUCCGAGUUAUGAGGAUAACCCGAGGCGAAAGGGAUUAAGGGGAACCAGGAGCAGCAGAAACGGUGGAGCUGAAUGGUAUCGGAUUUACGGAUAUUUAGACGUGGGAAUGCAGUAUGAUUCUCCAGGGAAGGAGAACCUGCUCCAGAAGCUCUUACUUUUUUACUUUUUGAAUGAAUGCAACUGAUUGAUUUACUUCCUCUUGGGGCUGAGGCGAGAAUCGCCGAUGCAUGUUUCCCAGAUCCAGCUUUCCGUGGAGGAUCUCCAGUUUGCGGAGGCAAAAUGUAUGCUGGGGACCGGAGACCCUGCUUAUGAUAUCUCCUAGACCCUCUUCUCGACUCUUUCGUUCUUGCCAUUGUCUAUCUGUCUGGGUGACUAUCGAAUUAUCACCACGAAACGGAAAAAGAAGAAAUAGAGAAGGAGAAUGGAGGUGAGAAACAAAAGAAAAAAGAAGAAGAAAAAAAGAGAUAGACAGAAGGCGGGAGGCCAGAAACCCAAGGAAGCAGAGGAGGGGGACUCUGAACCUUAUGAAGAGUCCACCAUAUCGAGCUACGCUACCCUGCGGCAACUCGAUAUCAACAUAUAAAGGCAGGAAGUUUUCGGCCAUCCUGUUCGAAGAUGCACUUCUCCGUCCCCUCUCUCGGCCUCGGCCUCGCCCUCAGCCUCGCCAUGUGCGUUGUUGCUGACGGUGUCUCCCAUAAACGUGACGUGGAUGUCUCCAAUAAGCAUAAACAUGACCACGGCCAUAAACCUAGAGGGAAAGAUGGCGACGUGUACGACCUUUUGAAAACCUUAAACACAGACCCACUGGGCUUCGGCCACCUCGGUGACGAUGGCGUUUACCGCAUGUACAACAGAAAUGGCACCGUCAUCGACUAUUUACUUCUUAGCAGCGAUGAAAUUGAGGAACUGAUCGAGAACUCUCCCCUUAAGGAACAGGACAAGAAUCAUAUGAGGAACCUCUUGGGUGGCGUGAAUAGUACAAAUGUCGAUCUGCAACAGAUCUGGUUCCCUGCUUUCAAUCUUCGUCCACAUAAGUUGAAAUAUCCAGACUCCUUGCAGCGCCGGGGUCAACGUCCGCCCACGUCGCCUGUUCCAGGUGGGCUAAAAGAGCCGCCGCCGCGUAGUCGAUGUACAGACAUUACCUGUUUUGAUUCUGACCCUUGCUGGGAGGUUAGAUGCAUGCUUUGUAGUUUUUGGGAUGACUUGCCAAUGGGCAACUGUGUUUGAGCUUUUAACAAGGAUAAUAUGUAUAUAGCUGAGUAAAUGCCUACAGCUUACAGAACUGUAAUAGAGGGAUCCUGCAGCGCCAAGUCGCAUGAAAUAUUUAGUACGCACGGCCUUCCUAUAUAGGCAUAGAUGCCACGAUGCGGCGCUGCUGUGGCAUAGGCCUUGUAAAUAUUGUAUUCAUCUAAUUGAAAACCUCUUGUAUGCCGGGUAAUGGAUAUAAUAAUAAUCCAUCACUGUAAUAAGCAGCUGCAGCUGCCACUGCCACUGCUGCCGCCACUGCCGCUGCCGCCGCUUGUACAGUUAUUUUGAACUCCAAUAAUAAUAAUAAAAAGUGAGGUCUUUGAUAUCAGCCGCCUGUUCCAUACACCCAUUUUGAUUUC